UCCAUUUAUAUGAGGGAAUUUUUCAAAACGCCUAACAGAUAAGAGUCUCACCUGGUGCAUAUCACUUGUCUGAAAAACAGCAAAUAACUCAAAAUGCAGUCGUAUUUACUUUUGUUAUUAGUGUCUUUGUGUUGUGUGUGUGCUGACCCUGUUCCCGUGGUAUCAAAAUGCAAUGCGUCUGAUGGGAAAUGCUUGAAGUCAGUCACUCAAGAAGCAAUAGGAAAAUUCGCAGGAGGCCUUCCAGAUAUCGGCAUCGAGCCUUUGGACCCUGUUGUUCUGGAUAAAGUGGACGCCAGCUCGCCCAACCUGAAACUAAUACUAACUGAUAUUAAAGUUGAGGGCUUGAAGGAUUGUAUUGCUAAGAAAAUUGAGCGUGAUGUAGAACAUAAGAAACUGAUGGUCACAUUGCAAUGCUCGAUAGAUUUGAAUGGACACUACGAUAUGAAUGGGAAUCUCUUGUUCCUUCCUAUUGAAGGCAACGGCAAACUUACUGUGAAACUGGAUAAGGCGAUAUUCAAGGUGGAAGGUGAGUUGUCAGACAUCACCAAGGACGGCAAAGUCUACUGGAAUAUCAAGACCUGGGACCACGCAUACAAACUUCAAGAGAAAUCCUCUGUGGUUUUUGAAAAUCUGUUCAAUGGAAACGCAGCUUUGUCACAAGCAGCAGAACAAGUGAUCAAAGACAAUGGUAACGAAAUUAUCGACGAAGUUGGUAAGCCUGUGAUCAAGGCAAUCCUCACCAAGGUCGUUGAUGCUGUGCAGCAAUUCUUCCACUCUGUACCCAAAGAACAUUUGGCUGAUGAAUAAACUGACUGUUAAAAUGAUGUUUUAGCCAUGAUGAGAAAUUGAUUAAAGUGCUCUCUUUUCGAA